AAAAUUGUAAAUAAUAUUUAAAACACGUAAUUUUAUUAAAAAAAUAAAUAUAAAUAUUUUGAUAAUAAUUGAUUAUUGUUUGGAUAUAAAUGAGAUGGCUUUCCAAACAACAUCAAAUAAGAUCAUAUUAAUUACUGCAUGUUUUCUAUUGUUAAAUAUGAUAAUAAAACCUGCAACUGCAAAUAUUACGUGCUUCAAAUGUUUUGCAUCACAACCAGGAAUUGAUGAAACUAAUCUAUUAUGUUCACAAUUUGAUGGAAGUUCUAGAUUUCAAGUUUAUUGUCCCUCAUCAACGCUUUGCAGGAAAAAAACUAUUUAUUAUAAGUUUAAAACAUCUGUAAUAACAACUGUAGAAAGAGAUUGUGCACUUCAAAAGAGCAUGAUUCCCAUUUACAAUGAUGUAAAUAAUGAAUGGAAAGAUGACGAAGAAAUUGUGAAAUCAGCUUAUGAAGAAGGUUGUUUUAUUGGUGAAGAUAGAGGAGCCCCGGCAGGUCCACCGGAAUAUUGUUUUUGCAGUUUCCAUUUAUGCAAUUCAUCACAGUCAAUGAAAACUAUGAACGUUUAUCAUAUAUUUUUACUAACAGUGAUAUUACUAUUUACAGAAAUACUAUAAACCUUCAAUUUUUGUACUUAAUAAGAUUAAAAAAACAUUAGAAUAUAUUAAGAUGUUUUAAAAGUGAUAUGAAAAAUAUUAAUGACUUUAAUGGAAUACUCUUUUUUUCUGAUAAUGUUACUGAUCAUUCAAUUAUUAUAUUUAAAAAUAUAGUGAACAUGUGAUAAAUAUACAUAAGUA